AUGCAAUGGAACGCCAUAUUUGCCAUGGAUUUGGGCGCCAAUAAAGCUUGUCUUGGAAAUUGGAAAAUUUACGUACAGAUAUCUGCAGAUUAUAUCAAUGCGUUCGAAUCGAUCAUUCAGGUUUAUCACAGACUAGCGGAACCGUUAGCUCGAUUCAGUACAUUUGAUCGUGCUUUCUCAAGUAACAAGGAAGUCCAAAAAGCUCUAGCAGUAUAUUACUCUGAUAUUCUCAAAUUUCAUGGAGAAGCCUACAAAUUCAUCCGACGAAAUGCAUGGCAGCGACUCUUCGCCACUUCGUGGGGCCGCUUCCAAAGGCGGUUUGAUAACAUCUUUGCCGACUUGAAAGCACAUGAAGAUCUCAUUGAUAAAACAGCCAAUGCCGCUAACAUAUCAGAGGCCAAAAGCAUGAGAGAGAAAUUAGAGACCUGGAGGCAACAAGAGGCUAUCAAAUUCAUGAGAGAAGAAGAAGAAAAAACCAGUAUUGAGUUUCAAGCCGUCUUAAACUUCUUAAGAAUUGAUGAAUCGCAUCAGAUAAGGAUCGCCGAUAACCUUGCUGUGGAGGCAGACCAAAAUCCAGGUUCCGGCCAUUGGGUACUUCAACAACCGAAAAUUCGAUCGUGGGCAAAGCUCAGUCGUGAUGCCCAGUUCGUGGUGCUUCACGGCGCUGUUGGAAGUGGGAAAAGUAUUUUGGCGACACAAAUUGGAACUUUCCUGCGCUCUUCAAAAUAUCUGGUGGCAUCACAUUACUGCACAUACGUUUACCCCGAAUCAACUGACUACAACAAUAUCAUACUGUCUUUAAUGAUACAAAUCAUGCGCUUGGAUCCAGAGCUUAUAACGCUUUCUUACAACUGGUUUCUCGUAGAUAAGAAGACACCAACUCGUUCAGUUCUUGAUCAACACUUGCGCCUCUUAGUCGAAACUCUGGGGUCGUCAACAUCCAAAACUCUUCAUAUAGUGAUCGAUGGGCUAAAUGAAUGUGAUGAAAAUACAGCAGCCAGUGUUGCAAGAACGUUAGAAAAGCUAAUUGCUACAGCAUCAUCAUCUGGAUCUACUAUCCUCAAGGUGCUUUUAUGCACCCAGAUGACACCAGCAAUUACCAAAGUCGUCAAGAGGAAACACCAGGUAUCAUUAUCUGACGAAAAAGAAAGAGUCAGUGAAGCCAUCAGAGACUAUACCUUGCGGAGAAUAAGUGUCAUUCAGCCGCAACGUGCUCAAUUUCGCAUCACUAAUGAUGACGUUGCGGCAAUUGCGUCUCGGAUCACGCAAAAAGCAGACGGCAUGUUUCUAUGGGCAAGACUCGUCAUAGAAUAUAUGAAGGGCAACAUGUUUUAUAACCGCGAUGAAUUUUUAAAAGCCGCCAAUAGCUUUCCUCGAGAACUUAGCGAGAUUUUUGGGCGCUUGUUAUCACAAAUCUUGACCGGUCUCGAUGAGAGAUCUGUGCAGAGGUUUGGUUCUGUUUUGAAUUGGAUAGCGUUUGCGAAGCGGCCACUUCGCUCUCCUGAGCUUCUAUCUGCUUUGGCAUUUGACGCUGGAGAUGAGCAAGUCAUCGAGCCAGUCCCAUCUUACAUCCUUGAUAUGUGCCAGCCUCUAAUACAAAAGCAACUUGAUUCAUCUUACACUUUCCUUCAUGUGUCGGUCAGAGAUUUCCUGCAAAGCUCUGCAUUCUCUAUUACAGCAAGCGAGUCACUAAAGCGACAUGGUUUAGCUACCGUCCGCUGCCUUUUGGCUAGCCAAAAGAUAUUCACGUCUUCAUAUCCAGAGACUGAUAGAGCGCUGAGCAUCCUUCGUGGGGUCUAUGGCUUUCACAUGUACGCCACUGAGUUUUGGAUCGAUUACGUUUUAGAGCACCUUGAACUUGACCAAGAUCUUUUGUUCAAAUCAGAAUUUUUCCUCUCUUCUUGUCGUUUGGCAGAACAACUCGAGGCCCUAGAGCCCAAUGAAGCGAUCGUGGGAAAUGGUUCGCUGAAUUCGCGUCUUAAUACUCUACGCCAGAAACAUUACCCUUUAUACAACACAAUACAGACCGUGCUCUUGGAAAGGGGUAGAAAAACAUUAACAGGUAACGAAAAUGUUAUCGACAACAACACCAGCGCAAGAGGCGUACCUCUUUUAAAGGAGAGAUACCAGGCAACAAUUCGCGAGCUGCUUGAUUUCUCGACUUACCCAAGCGUCAGUUUCCACGAGCUUGAAAGAUUUAAGCAGAAUUUUAGAACAUCAGCGUACACAUGUCGAAUCUGGUCGUGCCGCUAUGCUAUCUUUGGUUUCAACAGUCUCAAAGACAUUAUCCUCCAUGAAGCUGACCAUCGAAAGCAAAUCUGCCACCAUCCAAAUUGCCAAUAUCCUGUCUUCAGCUCGGCAAAGGCAUUAAGAGACCAUGAAAAGAAAUUCCAUGUUCUAAGCAGCCAGGUAAUCCCGCGAAAGUCGAUCAAGAAGCAUACACAACCAAGUGCCUUUGCUUCAAAUCCACCUGCAUCUCUCCCAGCGCCACUCUCAGACGGGUGGAAGUCUCUAGAUAUCGAUAUGGGGAAAUUCCAUUCUGCAGAGGAUGACCCGCUUGAUUUUGAUUGGGACUCAUUUCUUCUUGAUGAUGACAAUGGCCACGAGGACUUCGUAUUCACAGGCAGGUAUUCGGGAAUGGAGGGAAUGGAGGGAAUGGAUGAAAUGGGUAUACUGGAGGGAAUGAAUAUAAUGGAGUAA